UACAUCUCCAAAUACAAACCAGAUUGUCAACACGCAAAAACACUAAAGAUCGUUAGUCUAUCUUCGAGCAGUCACCAAAGCGACACAUGACGAUUACAGCACUUAUACUUAAUCAAAUAUAAUAUCCAAAUUAAUAUUACUAGAAAUUGUUUCCAUACGUCAAUUGCAUAGACAUCUGAACGUAAUGUCAACGGAAAGAUUACGUGAAGUGCAAUCAAUAUUUGAAAAUUAUAACAACUUUUUCCACCCGAAUCUUUGUCACGUUUGCAAGUCGAAAGAUCAGCUGAAAUUGUGUUUUUGCUAUAUGAUAUCUUACUGCUGCGAGACGCAUAGAGUACAACAUGAAUCGCAACACAAGGAGAUCUGCAAGAUUAUAAUCAGUCACACUUGCAUAAUACUAGGGCAUAGUUUGAACCUGGAAUUCUACGAUAUGCGAUACAGGAAGGAAGACAGAAGUACAAUUCCGGAAGACUUUCUGUAUAUAAACAAACAAAAUGUCCAUGAUAUGCCGUCAUUUAUUCAAGAGUACAUACUACAUCAUAGAUGUUCAAAUUCUUGGGUUAUGUGUGAUUAUAUCUAUACUGAUGUCUUCUCGUCACCGCUGACGCUGUUAUUCGGGAUACAGGAUACAGAAUUAUCAUAUAUUCUGCCAUUACGUGGUUUCUUCAUUAUUCAUAUCAUAACUGGACACGUCAUGGAUACAUUUAGUUUAUCAGCUUGGGAAAUCGUUUUACAUGAACUUUGUCCAAACACAAAGCUACAAAUCUUAAUGAUAGGGCCUGAGUUACAAGAGAAUUAUUAUCGCGUGCAGCUUUGUGAUAUUUGCAUCGAUAACAAUAAAAACUUUCGAUACGAAUGUCAUUGUAUGUUGUAUCACAAUUUUACAAGCACUUUGCAUAUGCGACCAGACGUUAUUUUAGGAUUUGACGUAGAACUUAAGAAGGAUAAGACAUCGGCGCAAACUAUAAAGGCAAUACAACGUCAACGCUGCCCGUUAAUUCUAACGUCUAUAACGAAAUGCAAAGCGCAAGAGAACAUAACAGAGAUACAAAAUAUACUGAAAUUACCUCUAACGCCUACUGUUAUUAAAAAAAAUGCAUUCGCAUCUUGUAGACCACAUAGAAACUAUGAGGAUUAUUCUGUGUUUUUUCCUAAUGAAUAUUUAAUUAUCUAUUCGGAUUUAAUUAAUCCAAGCAGAAACGAAAAUAACCCUUAAAAAUAAUAUUGAAUUGCAAUAUUCGAUAUACAAUAUAGGACGGAUUCUCCUUACAAAUGACAAUUUUACGAUAUUUGCGCUGAUUAUUUUUCUUUUCACAAGUGUUUCUAGUAAAACAUAUUUUUGAAGAAAGCAUUAAAGUGGCAGUUGUAUUCCUUUCCUCUGCGUAUCAGAUUCUGUAUAACGUUCAUACACGUUGUAUAACACACAUUAUGCAUUUUGUGUAAUGACUAUAUACUAAAUACAUAAUAUUUGUAUCAUAUUAUUUCAAGACUGAUUACUUUCGAUAUAUAUAUUACGUAUCAUAAUACAUAAUAUAUGCCAUACAUAUUUUUGUGCACUCAAAUUUAAAAUACAUAUGUGUGCUCGGUAUUCACGUAGUUCGGUAAUAACUAUGGUUAUACGUAUUUAAUUUUUAUUUAAUUUAUAGUAAAAUUAUAUUUGAAAUACCGAUGCUACAUUCGAUAGUAAUUCAAUUAAUUGCUUCAAGGAAUCACUUCUCAUUAUAACAUAGUUGCGCCAGGAAAAUUUAUCUGUAGGUGAUGUUAUUGUAAAUGAUACGUUUUACAAAAAAAUAUUCAUUCAUAUUCAUGAACGUUUUACAAAUAUAUAUUUAUGAAAUAUUCAUGAGUAAAUUAUAAAUUUAUUUAAUAAAACAUAUAAUGAUGAAAAUUA